AGAGAGAGAGCGCUAAGAUGGAGAUGUUCUUCUUAUUAACGGUAAAAAGGGGAAAGAGUCUUCUCUGUGAAUUUGCACACAAUUUGAAAUCAUUCCGAAAGUGGAAGUAGCAUUCUGUUCAGCUGACAAUGCAAUUUGGGGAACUUAAACUGCAAUCGCCAUUUAAGAAUUAAUAACUGAUUGGCCAACUAUAACAGUGUAUACAUAUAUAUAUAUACACACACACACACACACAUAUACAUAUAUAUCAUGCCAGAUUCCCCCAUUCCACCAUAUAGAUAUCAGAAUGAAGAUAAAUAAAUAAUAUAUUUGUAUAUAUCCAUAAGUAUACAAUAUGAUGCACAUGUAGACAUGUAUGUAAAUGUACAUGUAGACACAUCACAUAUAUUUGCAUUCAUUUUAAUGACCCUUAAUGUUUUUCUGCUUUGCCAGGUUAUAUGAUUAUUAUGUAUGUGUAUGUAUCUAUAUGCAUAUGUAUCUAGGUAUUCAAAAACUGUAAGAUAGUAUACAUAAAUGCAUGCAUAUAUGUAUUAUUUGUAAGGAAAUAGCCCUCAGAAUGCAUACAUAUGCGUGUAUAUACACAUGAAUAAUGUAUAUACACGCACAUCUGCAACGGCUUAUAUGAUGCCCAAUAUUCCCCAAAUCUUGCUUUUUCACUAAGCAUUGCUUGCACAAAGCACUCUCCAGAUCCACGCGGAAACCACAUGGUGUAUCUACAUCAUUUUAAAACUCUCAGGCAAGCUGCCUACUGCAACAUGGCUCACAUGCUCAUUCUGAACUCCUAUCUACUGUUUAUAACAAAUCCAUCGGGCAAAAUCACUCCCUUUCAAUCAGUCUGGGCAUCCGAUUUUUAAAAAAUUAUAAAAGCUACGGACCCUCCCCCUCUACCAUUUAGGAUCAGAAGCGGGGGAAGGGAGUAGGAUAGGGGUGGUCGGUGGCGUAGGUGGAAGUGUUUCCAUCCUGGGUGGGAGGCUGGGAGCAGAGCCAAAGACAGCCUUCCUUACAGGACAGGUCUAAGCAGCGCCUCCUCCUUUGUUCUUUCUCCCUCUGAUGCUGCAUCUGCUUUUCUAUUCUCCAGCCCCGGCCGCCUGUGGGAAAUUUGCUGGUUUGCUUUUUUUUUUUUUUUUUUUUUUUAAACUAAGUUGGAUUCUUCUCCUUUUCGGUUCCAUCUUGUUCCCCUAGCCGAUACCGCCGGUUCUCCCGACACCCCCUCCAGCUCCUCCCCCGGGAGAGGUGGGGGCGGGGGCGUGGGCGUGACUGGUCGAAGUGAGGGGCUCUUCACCUAGGUAGCCUAGCCUAGAUCUGUACUGCCCCGGAGUCUAGGGGUGCGCGCCAGGAUUUUUCUGCUCAAAAUGGUGAAUAGAGACGAGACUGAUCCUCCUCUGUCCCAGUCCAUCCCAAUCCGGGGAUGCGGAAGAAUGGGGCUCCCUGGGGGCUGAGUUCCUCUCUGGACCUCUCGUAGUCUGGGCCGUUGUCCCCCCUCACCCCGGGAAGAGGAAGGUGGAUUGCAAAAGCGAAACUUGGGCAAAACGGCGACCGCCUCUCCAGCUCACGCACUUUGGGGGUGCCCAGCUCUCUCGGCCGGCCCGGUUUUGCAUUCCACUCCAGACCACCCGAACUCCAUCGUGUGUGUGUGUGUGUGUGUGUGAGUGCGCGCGCGCGCGCGUGUGUGUGUUGCCCUGCUUCACAGAUUCACCGUGUGUCCCACUCCCGCCCCAUCCUUCUCUCCCUCUCUCCCUUUCUCCCUCUCUCCCUCUCUCCCACUCUCCCUCUCCCAGGCCUCAGCACGGCCGGCCGGCUCUGGCCCCUUAUAUAGCUCUCUAAAAAUAGCUCGCCUUACACCGCCUUGUAAGGCAGAAGGGAGAUCAGGCUUGCUCCAAUCCCCAGACCCCUUGGCUGCCAAGCUCCGCCCCAGGUCCCGUCUCUCUGCCCCCGAUUGGUCCUCAGUGACUUCAUGAGCCCCCCCCUUCGUUUACCUUACAUGGUCACACGUUGCCUUAAUGGACGCUUUCUUCCAAGAUCCCACGACUGCGCGGAGAGGCGUGAGGAGGGAGGGAGAUUGGGGAGGGGGAAGAGGAGCAGCAGCAGGAGAAGGAGGAGGGGAAAGAAAGGGAGGGGGGGGAGGACUACAAACUAGCAGGGAUGGGGUGGGGGGUGGGGAGGGAAGGGGGGGGAAGCGAUCGCGAGAAAAAAAAAAUGCAACCUCCCAAAAUAAAGAGCAAAGAUUGCAUUAGGAGCGAACAGCAAUGCAGAAAUAGAUGGCAGCUUCGUGUCAGUGAGUUUGCAUCCCCCUUCCUGGUCCACGAGCUGGAGUGAUUAGAGCCCUGGAAGGGAAUUAUUGCAUUUACUACAGUGGAGAAGUACCCCUUUCCUGGCAGCCGUUUCCACUGUACAUGUUGGAUGCCUCUCUCCAUCCUCUUUCACUCUCUCUUCUCUCAUCUCCUCUCUCCCUUUCUCCUCCGCAUUGAAUUUUUUUUAAGUGUGACUGAAACGAAACAAAAAAAACCAAAAGGGACCCUGGAUUUAUGCCUUUUUUGGGGGGUGAGACAAACAAACAAAUAGACAAACAAACAAACAAAACUGUGGAAGGGGGAGGGUUUCUCCUCCUGCUUUGCCCAGCAGCAGCAGCAGCAUGGACGUGUUGGCUAGUUAUAGUAUAUUCCAGGAGCUGCAACUUGUCCACGACACCGGCUACUUCUCAGCUUUGCCAUCCCUGGAGGAGAACUGGCAGCAGACAUGCCUCGAAUUGGAACGCUACUUGCAGACAGAGCCCAGGAGGAUUUCAGAAACUUUUGGUGAGGAUUUGGACUGCUUCCUUCACGCCACUCCCCACCCGAGCAUUGAGGAAAGCUUCCGGCGCCUGGAUCCCCUCCUGCUCCCCAUGGAAGCAUCCACGUGUGAGAAAAGCUCUGCAGUGGACAUCCUGCUCUCCCGGGACAAGCUGCUAUCUGAGACCUGCCUCAGCCUGCAGCCUCCGAGUUCCUCCUUAGACAGCUACACAGCAGUCAACCAGGCCCAGCUCAAUGCAGUGACCUCAUUAACGCCUCCUUCCUCCCCCGAGCUCAGCCGCCAUUUGGUCAAAACUUCACAGACUCUCUCAGCUGUAGAUGGCACGGUGACUUUGAAACUGGUGGCCAAGAAGGCCUCGCUUAGCUCAGUAAAGGUGGGAGGGGUAGCGGCCGCAGCCGCAGUGGCAUCUGCUGGGGCCAUAAAGAGUGGACAAAGUGACAGUGAACAAGGAGGAAUGGGGGCUGACGCCUCCCCAGAAAACAAGAAGAGGGUUCACCGUUGUCAGUUUAACGGGUGCCGGAAGGUUUAUACAAAAAGCUCCCACUUAAAGGCCCACCAGAGGACUCACACAGGUAGUGAGAAGCCUUAUAAGUGUUCAUGGGAAGGGUGUGAGUGGCGUUUUGCACGAAGUGACGAGCUUACAAGGCACUACAGGAAACACACGGGUGCAAAGCCCUUUAAAUGCAACCACUGCGACAGGUGUUUUUCCAGGUCUGAUCACCUUGCCCUCCAUAUGAAGAGACAUAUCUAAAUAACCUAAUAACCAGAGGAGCUUCAUGGUACCGGCUAAUGUCUAAAGGAAGAAUCUUUAGACAAGGGGCUGGAAUUUGGUCGGAACUUGCUGCCUUGUGGAAGAGAGAGAGAGAGUUCUCACAUAUAAACCUCUGUGUACACACACACACACACACACACACACACACACACACACACACUCUGUCAUGCACUCAACUGUACUCAAGAUAUCUACGUCUGUUCUUUAUGCCUUGCUCUAGCCAGAUGGUAGAAGAUGAUGAAGAAACCGGGUGAACUCUCAGCAAGGCAGAAAGGCUGCCUACUUCAGCGCUAUCAGAAUUGCAUCCUGCUGUUGGCAAUGGAAUUCAAAGAAAAUGGAUGUGACUUCUCUGCAGGUGGACAGCAGCAGUAAGAGGGGCUUAUUUAACUUGCUUCUCAAUGCAACUUGAUAGGAGAAUACAUCAUCUUAAAGUUGCAUACUUGUAGCACUAACUUGUCUUCUUUUUAAAUGGUUGGGGGAAAAAAUGACCUAGAAAACCAAAUCCCAGUUUGGUAGCCAAAAUUAACCUCUCGGUUCAUUUGUCCUUUGUGUCAGAAAAAAAAAAUCCCAAUAUUCAAAACAUCAGACUUCCUCACAGACUUUUCGAUCUGUUUUGGUUCUUCAUAGGACUGAGCUAUUGAGAUCUUUUCAAGUCCGUACCAAUGGCCUUAACGGCAGUAGACUGUGGAAUGACACCUUACACUUUCUGGCCUGCGUUCGUGUAGACUUCGUGAAGGAGGAAUUUUGUUUUCUUACUUUUUGCACACCAUAUGCACUAGGGAUUCUGGAAACUUCUAGCAUGACUACAAAGUGGCCAAGAGAAUAAAACCCUUGAAAAAAAAAAUCACAGUGUAUACCUUUGGCCUCACCUUAUUGCCAUAGCUAGAUUUUUUCUUUUUAAUCUCUCUGAUUUUGCUAAUGAAAACUUGAAAAGCUUAUUUGGAAGCUUAAAUGUUUUAUCUUUUCUCCAUGGACUAAAACCUCUAGGACUAUCUCGUCACCUGGAUCCCCGAAUCCCGGAGUGGCCAAUCAGAUGCGACAUCACACUUCUUAUAUCCUCCUUGGGGGCGUUGCUGGCCUCAGCCCAUGGUGAUCAACCAAUUGUGUUGUGUGUUAUUAUUGCGACCCUACUAACCAGUUACAGCAUAGAUGUCUCUAGCCUCAAUGGGCAUCUGUGUCUUUAACCUAACUUUGGGUUAUGACCUGAUUAAAAAAAAAAAAAAGCCAAAAAUAUCCCUCCAUCCAGGAGUGGAAGCAAAAAUGAGGAUGCCUCCCAAGUCCAGAGUCUUCACACAGCAUCAGUCAAUCCUUCUUUCUCAUUUCCACUGAGCUCACAUUAUCCUGCUUGCUUAAAAGGGAAAAAAAAAUACACUUUAAGAAUCCAUUGUGGGAAUGAAGGGCUGGCAUUUAUGCAAAGUGUUGGGGGUUUUCUGUCUAAGGGAGAGAAGUAUUGCUCAUUUCAGGCAGCGGGCCCAUCAUGCCCUGGGACUUAGAGCAUCCAGGACUAGCAGAGGCCCUCCAGUUAUUCUCCAAGCUAAAUCCUGCCCAUUGCUAAAUUUGACCUUUGGAGCUCAAAGGAGAUUUAGAUUCCUCACUUUUUCAUCACACACGUACAAAUUGAUAUCGAUAUACCUGUAUCUCUAGCUAGUUGGCACUGGCCUCAACUCCAAAGACUGCCUUUAGGGCCAUUAAAUGGCCUAUGCAAGCAGGUGGGGUGGUCACUAGGACAGGUUGUAUAUUUUGUAUAUUAUUGGACCAUCCCUUCAAGACACAUCUAGAAAACAAAAAUGUCAUUUGGUCCACCAAUGGUUGCUGUUCCUUCAUACCAGCCGGCUACCCUCCUGCCCUCCUUUUGACUGUUUUGACUCAUUGACUGUUAAAAUGUCACCCCAGACAUAUUUGGGAUGCAAAACUGAACUCUCUUUAAAAUAAUAAUUAAUAAUAAUAAUAAUAAUUAAACAUAAACACCAUGAGUAGUCAUCAAGAUCUUUGGCACCUGAUUUUCCUCAGCUUUCUGUAACUUUUGAUUUCAUUGAGAUGUUGAAAUUCCUCCACUGUGAGUAAAUGAGCCUCUUUAGCCAAAUGCUGUGGGCUUGCCAUUUGGACGUUUGGGGGGUAGGGGGAGGGAUUUUGAGGUCUGGCCCAUAGAAUUUCUUUAAGAUGUGGACCAAAACAAAUAAAAACUCUACGAUAGAAAAAAAAAAAAUCAACACACACACACAGAAAUUCUACCCAUCUGCUGGAGGCAAUGAUAUAAACAUUAGUCGGAGGGUAUUUUUUAAGAAAAAAAAUUAAUUUUAUUCCAAAGAUGUAAAACUUAACACAAGUUAGAAACAAUUCCUGGAGCACUGCUUGCUGACAAUCUUGUAGUUCUCUACUUCUACAUUUGAAUACUUUUUUGGCCAUUCCAUCCGGAGUUCCAUGGGAUUGCAUUUGAAUGUGUGGAGCAUCCUUUCCGGGUGAUAGCUGGGAGUGUGAGUGUACUUGAACCUCAGCUGUAUUCCUCUGCAGCGCAUCCAGCCAGUGCGUUACAUGAAAAUGUAGACACCCUAGAAUCUCAUUUCUGUUUGCGGCCUUCAGCAUGAGUGCAUGGACACAUCACAUCACUCGCGGUAAUAGGCCUUGGGCUGCCAACAUCAUAAGGGUCCUCUCCUGAGCAAUAGCUGCUCUUGCCUCUUGAAAUGCUACUAUUAUUAAGGGUCUACAAGGCAACUUAAAUUUUAAACUGACAAUUCAAUGCAAGGCUCUUAAAAAAAAUAACACCCAUAACAUUUUUUUUUUUUUUUAUAAAAAGUAAUCAUUAAUUAUUUACUUCCUUUUGUCAUUUGUGGUCUUGUCAGGUUCUCAUUUAAAUGUGGCAGAACAAGGGCCCUUUGGUACUCAUAGAAUGUCUGAAAUGUUUUGGUAAUUCUUCUAUCUUUUCUUGUACCAGUGAGACUCUUAAUUAAUUUGUUCUUGACCUCUCCCAGAGCUGGACUCAUUGAUAUUUGGUGGUGGCACUCUCUUACUCCUGAUUCAUUUGUUGGAACAUUAGAAUUGCUGAAGAACUUGAUAGUUGCGAUGUAAUGUUAUUUUAAAGCUAUAUUCCUUUAAGCUGAAGUCUCAGCUGUGAAUUUCAACCAGCCCCAAUUGGCACCAGGAACUAAAUGCUAUUGUUUGGGAGAAAUAACUUGAGACAAAAUAUCUGCUGAAAAGGCCUUUCUUACCAGCUGGUAAGAAGGUACAAGGAUGAUUUUUAAGGGCCUACCUAAGGAACCAAUCUCAGUGUGUACAUAUAUACAUAUAUGUAGAUGCAUAUACAUAUAAGUAGAUCUGGGGCAUAUAUAUGCCUAUGUAUAUGUGUGUAUAUAUGUGUAUACACACAUAUUUAAAUGAGAGAGAGAAGGAAAUUAAAUAAGAUUGGGUAUUCAGAGCAGUAUUUUCUAAGUUGUUCCUAAUGGAACAACAAUUUCUUCUCAUUCUUCACUUAAAUUAAUAUCUUCUAACAUGUUGGGAAAUCCCAACCAUGUAAGGAAAGUGCCAGCAUGUUAUUUAUUUCGUGUAAGAGACCUUUCAAACGCACUUUGCUCUUGGCCCACAAUUAACUUUGCAGAAUGGAAAAUAUUGCUGAUUCUUUUUCUCUUCUACUUAGGUGUCUUUUCCCCUUGUCACCUGAAUAUAAGUCAAAGACAAGGUACCCCUAAAUCAUAAUGCAGCUCAUGGCUACCAACCUCUCAGUCAUUGUGUACAAAUCUCAUAGAAUCUCCUGUCCUUUGAAUGACUAAUUGGCACGGCCCAUUGGCCUGCUAGUGAAGGGUAUUAUGUCCAGAAAAAUAGAUGUCUGAAUUCCAUGUCAAAGUAGCAUCUUACAAAAUAUUCCCAGGCUCAGAAUGAAUCUCAUAAACCAAUUGUUUCCUUUUUUUGUGUGUGUCCCUGUGUGCUUUCCUCAGCAAAGAUCAUAACAAAUCUUCCUGAUUUCAUCACUUCAUCCUGAUUCUACUGGACACUGCCCCUUACUUUCACCCUCAUCUUUCACUCCCUCUUUGCCAUCUUUUUCUGCCUUUUUUUGGAUGGCUUGAUUCUGAGGAGAUAAAAGGAAACUCAUAUGCAUGUUUAAUUGCACUGAUUCCUCUUUUUAAAAUUCUCUACAAGCCUAAAAGGCAAAGGAGAUUUUAAAAGAAGGGUUUCACUUUGGCUCAACUUCCAAGACAGCCAUGUGGAGUUUUUGCACUGAAGGGGGCAAAUAAAUUGGACCUUCAGAUGUGUAUAUUCAAUAUAUUAAGGACAUCAAUAUUGCUAUGCCGUUGCAAAAGCUAAGCUAAAUGGAAGGAUAUUAAUUCCUUGCCAUCAACAAGACAUUUAAACAAGAGAACUAUCUUUAAUGGCUCAAAUAUAUGUUUGAAAAAUUUUUCCCUCUGUGAAAGUCAUUCCUUAAAAAUUCAUGAUAUGGGUAAUAUUUACCAUUUUCCAUUUCCCACUAUUUGCCCUUUGGGAGGAAGGAGAAGAAGGAAGGAAAAAUGUAUAGAAUACAAACCAUUUAAUUAUACCACCUGGAAAAUCAGAUGCUUUUUAAAAAAAUCUCUGUUCUAUGACAGCCAGUUUUUCUGGCUGUUAUCCUGCCCCCAGAUCUUUGUCAAAAUAAAAUAAAAUUUCAGAAAUUAGAACCUGAUUGAAAUGCACCAGCUAGCUGAAACUUUCCAGCUUGUAUUUCCCAGAAGUAACUGAUUGUCAUGUAGAGAGGGCAGAAGAACAAAUUCUGGGAGGUUGUGAUUCACCUGUAUAGAUGUGGUGGGGUAACUUAUUUUGAACUUUUAAAAUAUCUGGGAAUAGAGACUAGACUAACCUCUUGGAUCCUUUAUCCAAGAGUCUUCAGGAUCCCUGGAGAUGAGAAAGCAACAAAAAUUGUUAGAGCAAACAACAACAUCAAAAAAACAAAAAACAAAAACAACCUGCUUGUAAAUACCAUGUGGCUAACAGCUUAAGACUCCAGGGUUUUCUCUUGCUUUUUAAAUAUUUUCUCUCAAAUCUCCCUUUACUGGAUCUCCUGGAAGAUCACAGAAAAGCUAUCAUUGACUGUAUUCAUCCUUCGAAUCCCAACACUGCUAUCUAAAUGUAGUCCAGGGGAAGCAGGUGACCACAAACAGAUGAAUCACCUAAAUUCCUCAAUCUCCAACUAUCCUAAGCUAGAGACUUUGGUGUUUUCAAUUUUUUUUUUUUUGUCCCUACUCCCCUCCUCCCAAACAGGGCUUCUUAGUGACUGUGAGGGAAGGUGGAUGCAUUCUUCAUUGGGAUUGUUUUUACAAUUUUUUUUCAACUGUAAGCUUGGAAAUCUUCAAUUUAUUUCACUCCAGCUUUUGUAUACUGCCAUAAAAUGAGCCCCACAUCAAAAUUCUGAGGGUGGUAUUCACACAUGUAUGUGUGUGCAGUACUUUCACCAAAGGAAAUCAGUUGGGCUGCGAAUAUUAUAAGUGGAAUAGCCACCAGUGCCUAUUAUCUUCUUUGGAGGGAAAGCAUGCUUACAGUUGCCAGUAUGUUAAAAUUUGUCAACGCUGGGAGGAGAACACAAUGAGGGGACAUUUUAACUGUGACGCCUUUGGGCUGGAGGUAGAAUAAUUGCAAUCGCAUAGACCCAGGAAGGCUUUCUGGCUUAUGGGCUGGUCCUUGACUUGGAUUUAUUUAUUUUUUCUAGCAUGCAUUUGCUCUCUGAAUACAGGCUCAAACUAGAGUUUUGGUUUUUUUGUUUUGUUUUGUUUUUUUCUUUUAAGUCUGCAUUUGUAUUUCAUGACCAAGAAGGGGUCAAAACAAAACAACCACUUAUCACCCAGAUCUCCCCUAACAACACUUAAGGCAAAAUAAAUGUUUAGUGGUUUUCCUAGCCCUUCCCUCUUCACCAUCAAAACUACCCCAAAGUUACUUUCUCACUCCCAUAAUCCUCCACGCACAAACUUAUUUGCUUUUAAAUUGCAUCUGAUCCUCCCCCCCUUUUUUUUUAAAGAUACUGCUUGAAGGAAUUUGUUUUUUGCACUAUAUCAUUUCUUUUGCCAGAUGUCUAACAAGUGUAUUUGGAGAGACCCACCCCUCAACCCCACAGUCACAUUCUCUCAGGCCUUCUUUGGUAUUUAUAAUAUAUCACAGAAGUACCUAGUCUUAUAGCCCUCAGUUCUGCCUUUUUUUGACAUUUUAUUUUUUUUAAGCUUUUUAUAUAUAUAUAUAUAUAUAAAUAUAUUACUUUGUCAAGUUUUUUUGCUGUACAAAAGUCUUAAGAUUUAAAAAUAUUAUUUGUAUUAUAUGAUGGUGGUAUGUUAAUGUUACAAAAUUAUUAAUGAAGAAAAAAUUUAUUUUUGUUACUGGUCUGUUUCAUAAUUCUUUUUUAAAUUGGUAUAUUGUAAGAUAUCUAUGCAAAAAAUGUUAUGUGACGCAUUUUUAUUUAAGAAUGUAAUAUGUGUAAUAAACAGUAGAAUGUGUUUGGCCUGGGAA